CUUGCCCGCUGCGAGGGGCAGGGCGCCGCAGUGCCGUAGUAGCGGACAGCCGAGACGCACCGCUCAGGAGCCUCGGGUACCGGAGCGGGCAGAGACCCCGGCGCUGCCUAACCCCCUCCGGGCCGCCCGAGCUCCAACCCCCUCCCCGGGAGGGCUGCGCGGGCCGCAAGACGCCCAGACGCCAGCCUCGGUCCUCUUUCAGUCUCUCGGUUCAUCUUUCCUCCCAAGUAAGGGAAUAAGCCCCAAGGAAGGAGCGCUCCGGAGAACCGCGCAACAAAGUGUUGGCAUGCUGAGGAAAAGCAAGGAUUUCUGAAUUUACCGUGACUACAGAUAGAAGGAUGUUGCCUUAGGAAUAGCAGAGAUCUUCUCUCAGCUGCUAAACAGUGCCCGCUGCUGCCAUAGACACUUGGGUCCUCGAGAAAUCUCCUGAAGGACUUGUCCAUUGUGUACUUGCAAUGAGCCAGGCCCUAGGCUGGGCCUUGGCUACAGCCUGGUGAGCAAAACUCUCUCCCUAGCCUCAAACGCGCACACCCAGGAAAGAUGAGUGAAGAACGGUGGGUCUCCCUCACUCCAGAAGAAUUUGGCCAACUCCAGAAAUAUGCAGAAUAUUCUUCCAAGAAGAUAAAUGAUGUCUUGGCUGAAUUUAAUGAGGGUGGGAGCCUCAAACAAUAUGACCCACAUGAGCCUAUUAGUUAUGACAUCUUCAAGCUGUUCAUGAGGGCGUACCUGGAGGUGGACCUUCCACAGCCACUGAGCACACACCUCUUCCUGGCCUUCAGCCAGAAGCCCAGACAGGAGACCCCGUCCCACCCAAAGGAGGGGGCCAGCAACAGCGAAGCCAGUGGCCCAGAUUCCAACAUACAGAAUGCAGAUAAUGCUGCCAAAGCAGACGAGGCUUGUGCCCCUGACAUGGAAUCUAAGCUCACCGAGAAGCAAGUGCCAACUAAAGACCAAGUGUCUGCGACCCCCGUGGGAAACCAUGAUGCUCAGUCUUCAGGCUCAGAAUCCCCCAUAGUGUACCUGAAGGAUGUCAUGUGUUACCUGUCCUUGCUGGAAACGGGGAGACCUCAGGAUAAGCUAGAGUUCAUGUUUCGUCUCUAUGAUUCGGAUGAGAAUGGUCUCCUGGACCAAGCGGAGAUGGAUCGUAUUGUCAACCAGAUGCUACACAUUGCCCAGUAUCUCGAGUGGGAUCCCACGGAGCUAAGGCCUAUAUUGAAGGAGAUGUUACAAGGGAUGGACUACGACCGGGAUGGCUUUGUGUCUCUCCAGGAGUGGGUCCACGGAGGGAUGACCACCAUCCCAUUGCUCGUCCUCCUGGGCAUGGACGACUCUGGCUCCAAGGGGGAUGGGAGGCACGCCUGGACCAUGAAGCAUUUCAAGAAACCAACCUACUGCAACUUCUGCCAUGUCAUGCUGAUGGGCGCUCGGAAGCAAGGCCUGUGCUGCAUUUACUGUAAAUACACUGUCCAUGAACGCUGUGUAUCCAAAAACAUUCCUGGGUGUAUCAAAACGAACUCAAAAACCAAAAGGGGAGGAGAGUUUCACCGCAAAUGUGAAUUGUCAACUUUGUGUGACGGUGGGGAGCUCAGAGACCAUAUUUUGCUGCCCACGUCAAUAUGCCCCAUCACCCGGGACAGGCAAGAUGGGAAGUCUGACGGUAGCGUGUCAGCCAAGGACGAACUUGUAACGCAGUAUAAGAUCAUCCCCACCCCGGGUACCCACCCUCUGCUGGUUUUGGUGAACCCCAAGAGUGGAGGGAGACAAGGAGAAAGAAUUCUUCGGAAAUUCCACUAUCUGCUCAACCCCAAACAAGUUUUCAACCUGGACAAUGGGGGGCCUACUCCAGGACUCAACUUUUUCCGUGAUACUCCAGACUUCCGUGUCUUGGCCUGCGGAGGAGAUGGGACAGUUGGCUGGAUUUUGGAUUGCAUUGAUAAGGCCAACUUCGCAAAGCAUCCACCCGUGGCUGUCCUGCCUCUUGGAACGGGAAAUGACCUGGCCCGCUGUCUCCGCUGGGGAGGGGGUUAUGAAGGGGGCAGCCUGACAAAAAUCCUGAAGGACAUUGAGCAGAGCCCCUUGGUGAUGCUGGACCGCUGGCAUCUGGAAGUCAUCCCCAGAGAGGAGGUGGAGAAUGGGGACCAGGUCCCGUACAACAUCAUGAACAACUACUUCUCCAUCGGCGUGGAUGCUUCCAUCGCACACAGAUUCCACGUGAUGAGAGAGAAACACCCUGAAAAGUUCAACAGCAGGAUGAAGAACAAGCUGUGGUACUUUGAAUUCGGCACCUCAGAGACCUUCGCAGCCACCUGCAAGAAACUCCACGACCACAUAGAGUUGGAGUGUGACGGAGUUGGGGUGGACCUGAGCGGCAUCUUCCUUGAAGGCAUUGCUAUUCUCAACAUUCCCAGCAUGUACGGUGGCACCAAUCUCUGGGGAGAAACCAAGAAGAACCGGGCUGUGAUCCGGGAAAGCAGGAAGGUCGUCACUGACCCCAAGGAACUGAAAUUCUGCAUUCAAGACCUCAGUGACCAGCUUCUUGAAGUGGUGGGGCUAGAGGGAGCCAUGGAAAUGGGGCAGAUCUACACUGGCCUGAAGAGUGCAGGCAGGAGGCUGGCCCAGUGCUCCUCUGUCUCCAUCAGGACGAACAAGCUGCUGCCAAUGCAAGUGGACGGAGAGCCCUGGAUGCAGCCACCUUGCACGAUUAAAAUUACUCACAAGAACCAAGCGCCUAUGAUGAUGGGGCCCCCCCAGAAGAGCAGCUUCUUUUCUCUGAGGAGGAAGAGCCGUUCAAAAGACUAGACACUAUGCCCAAUGCUAGUUCAACCAAGAGAGAAGACAAGAAACUGAAGCACACACAUACACACGUACACACCACACACAUGCGCGCACACACACAGACACACACACACACACACUCUCUUCUCCAACCAGUGGAAGCCAAGCCACCCUUCAGCAAGAAGGCUUCACCCUGACAUCCAUUCUAUUUCAACUAUGGACACACUCCAACAGAGCCAGUGCCGGCAGGACAUUGUGAAUGGACUUAGAGCCCUCCAGGGUGCAGCUGGCUCAUGCAGCAACUCCCACUUUCCCAGAAGACCUUGAGCGGGACUUUCUGAGACUGAAGGAGAAACCCCCCCUUUCUUUCCACCACCCCUGCAAGUUUCCUCGCCGCUCUCAAGGAGCAGGCUGCAGGCUUCCUGUCUAAGGGGAGAUCGGAUGUGGCCAAGGGAAAGAGCCUGCGUUCCAGGGGACGCUCACAAAGGUCCCUCUGUGAGGAGACAAAAACACCUCCAACUCUCAGAUCGCAGCCCUUGGCAGGACUCGGCAUACGCACGCUGGUUUCUUGGUUGUCCUUCGAGUGACAGCUUCUCCCGGAACUUGCUGAGGAGGCAGAAAGGCUGUGGAAAGCUGCGUUUCCCUUCUUGGUUCUGCGCACCCUCAGUGGGCAGUGGUGAUUUUCCUGAAGCCUUCUGCUGGCUGUGUGUUUGUUUAGAGCCGGCUCCAAGAGCCCCCAGAGCUGCCUACAUAGCACACCUUAGAUGUGGUAUUUAUUUUCUUAGUUCUGUGAACACCUGGGAGGGAAAGCAGAGAAACUGAGAUUUAUUUUUCAAAUUGGUGUCAUAAUAUUGUGUAAAAAGGGAAGAAAAAAAAAAAAAACCACCCCCAGCUUCUUUCUUUUUCAAGCCACAGCGUGUUUCCUGUUUGAGUUCCAAGCCCUGGUGGCAGACUAUUCCUGAAGGCAAAGAAGAUGGGAGGGAAGGGCCUUUUGCUGAGGAGACCAGGAGACAAGGCGUCAGGCAGUUCCCUCCUGCCUCUGCAACGACCACUCCCCGAGCACGACCUGAAGGCCCUACUGAAGGUCUUAAGUGUGUGUACUUAUAUGUAGCAUAUAUAUAUUUAUAUAUACAAAUAUUUAUUUACUGGUGGAUUUUUCUGGAUUGAAAAAAAUAUGCAGUACAAGAACAGAAAGUGGGAAAGAAAAAGAAGGCUCUGACUCCCCGUUUCUGCCAUUUCAUUGUCAAGGCACAUUGCCCUGUGGUGAUCAUGAGAUUUAAGGGAAAUUAAAGUAUCUCCUUAUAAAGAGACUGAGAAUUUCUAUUCUGGAUCCUCAAAACAACAUGAAAGCUAUGCUGGGCAGGAUUUACUCUCCCAUUUGUCAGAUAAGGAAACUGAGUCUCAGAAAAGUUAAGAGACUUGUCCAUGGUAUCUUGGCUAAUGUGGUUUGGGACUAGGUACCACUAAGAAGAUACGUAACAGGGAAAAGAACCUACACAUCUUGGAAAAGGGUCAUUUCUGGUCACUGAGAAGCGAUUCCAUUUGGAUCCAGGUUGCCAGAGAGGAAUGAACGUGUGGCACAUGUGUGGACGGGACAAGCCCACAUGAGAGAAUGAGGCCUCCCAGUACUUCCCAGAGACUCUCUCUGGCCUGACCUGGUGAGAAGCUGGUCCAGGGUUGAAGGCAGCGGACAGAUCUUCAAAUUAAACUCUCCACAUGUCAUCUCAUCAUGGCCACCAUAGUCUCUUAAUCUAGAAACCCCUCUGGCUGCCAGGAUGACCUCAGUGGAGAGGCACAAGGAGGACAGAGGCGCCUCAGCAGGGAGCUGCCAGCCAGUGCCCAGAGGGGCCUCAGCAGAGUUCAGUGGGCUUCAUUCAGCUGGCAACAGCAUCACCGCCCUCCCCGAGGGCAAGUCUGUGGAGAGCUUUGUUGGUAAAAAGAAACAUUCACCUCGGCACCUUUGCUCCUUCAGCCUCCAUCCCCUCUGAGAUUUCCGAACAGGAAACCUGGACCCACUCGACGUCACUCCACUGAGCUCCCUCUGAUCUCCUAACACUGGGUCAGGAACUUUGCGCAAGGAAGGGAAAAUUAGGAUUGUGUGUACAAACUGAUCCUAACUCUGAAAGAAGCAGUCAUCUAGGACCGUCUAAGACAGAGAUCUAGAACCAUCCUGUUCAACCUAACAGUGCAGACCGCUGGGCAAGGGGAAAGCAGGCCACCUGAAGAAUGUCCUGAAUGAUGGGCUCCUUGGGGAUGGGACUAACAAGCUCAGAAUGACAACAGGUACUAUCUUUGAAGCCACUUGAUUCUGAAAUGAAGGCAGGUUCAAUUUGGGGUCGCUGAUUCUAAGACAUUUGCAGAAAUUCUUGAAUGUGUUUCAGCCUCAGCCCCCCAAGAUUGAGGCUGUUGAGACAUGGCACUAUCAACAGGUGAAAGUGAUUCUUAGAGACUCACAAGUCAGAGACUGGCCCCUGCCUGCCCACUGUGGUGCACAGGACUGGCAAUGUUGCUUGAGAGACAUGGCGCAUGUCCUCCUUAAAGCCACAAAGUAUAGCAAACAUCGGUGGAAUUGUACUUUCAAUUUUGUAACCUCAGUAAGUCUGGUGGUGGUGUUUAAUCUGACUUUGCAACUCAUCCCUUAACUACUGGGACUGUGGUUUCUCACUGUGGAGUACCUCAUCAUAGUGCUCCUCACAGCAACCCCUGAGGUUGACAGAGAGGAUAUUAUUAGCCCCAUCUAAAUAAUGAGGAAAGCAAGGCUUACUAUAAUUUAGUGACUUCUCAAAGUUAGGCAGGCAGGGGAGAAUCCUCCCUCAUUCCUCAUCGCAUUCUGAUUCUGGCCGUGCCCCAGACAUGUUCUCACCUGCCCCCACAGUUCUACCCCUCUAGCAGUAAAAAGAAUGAAACAGGAAGUCUUCAAUACAUUAUGUUGUCCCUGGACUAAUGGGCUAGGCGUUGCAUCUCAUUAUGACUUGGUCUUUGUAGGUUUCCUCCAGUGAGUUGAGAAUGGAGACAGACUUAGUAGAAUGAUUAUAUUUCAGGUCAGAGACCAGCUCCUCUCAAGAGAGUUCUUUCCACAGAUGGAAAAGAUAUGUUAAAAUUGCCAAAUAAAUUAGGAAAUACUUGGCAGAAUCUGGAAGAACCUCCAGACUGGCGUUACAUAACAUGCAUAUACAUUAUACAUAUGGACAUUAUAUAAGGUGACAUAGUACUUAAUGUGCUGUAUAUAUUAUGUAAAUUACAUAUUUGUGAGUAAUCAUGAUAAAUAUAGAGACCCACUAAUCACUUUUUUACACAUACCCAGUGACAGAUUAGGAAGUUACUUUGCCAGAGAGUCUUAAAACUUACUCUCUCCUGCUGCUUUGGUUCCAACUCCUGCCAAAAAUAAUUGCAUCAACUUUUCCCAUCUCUAGCCCCCUCUCCUCUUAGCCAAAACCCUCAGUCCUAGCUAGGCUGUACCUUCCGUGGAACACUACCAUGAUUGAGAUCCAUAAAAACAGAUUCUGGGGAUGGGGAGGAUCUAGACUCCCAGAUUCCCUGUGUCACCGACCUACACCCCAAGGCUCCCAGGCAGAUGGAUGUCUAAUGCUAAUAUUAAAGGGAGAGGGAAGGGGAGAGAGGAAGUCUACCAACCCUCCAAGGAAGGAAACUUCAGUGUUCCUUGGCCACCAGUCCCAGGAUCUGACCAUAAUCAAUCAGGAAGUUAUUUCAAAAGUCUAGUUUAAGUUUCUGCAGCGUAUCUGAAACCAUAAUUUCCUAAAAUGUGUUUCACACAAUACCAGUAUCCAUAAAAUGCUCCAUGAACAAAAGAGUUCUGUGGUCAAGUACUAGAUCCCCUUCUAGAAGAAAUGGUGGGCUUUGAUUUGUCUGUUGACGUCCAUAGAUUAGAAACACUGCCUUAAGCCCACCAUUUCUUCUUUUUGUUCUCCGUGGAGAUGGGAACAUGGAAGUAACCAUCCUCUGCAAUAAUAUUCCAUAAAGUACUUUUCUAGGACAAGGAACUUCUCUUCUUAAGACACUCUUUCUAGUUUCUUCUGUGAUUGUUUAACUACUUUUAUGGUUCCCCCCUACGUGUCUUCAAGCAAGAAUCAAGGAUCUGGCCUCUUUGCUUCCUGAGUGGAGAAGGGUUUGGGGAAAAAUUAAGGGGAAAACAGGAUAGCUGCCAGGGGCCAGAUUUCAUCUGUGCAGCUCUAGAGGACAGAACCAGGUCUAAAGAACACAGUUGUGGAAAGCAUCGGUGUUUAUUCAGUUUAAUAACCACUCUUGGAGCUAGCUGGCCGAAUAUGGACAGAGCUCACUUGUGAGGGAGUGAACAGCCACCUGCUCUUAUAGGAAGAGCCUUGACCUAGUUGAGGAGGAACAAGCGUUGAUUGAUCUACCUUGUUUAAACGCUGUUGGAACUAUUUUAGUAGGCAUCAGUGUUAAAUCAAUAGGCCUAGUACUUCCUUUUGAGCAGCAAACCUCAGUGUCCAUUGUUUUCUGGAAGAGUGAAAGAUGACUCCCAGAGAGAUUUCUGGAUCAAAAAAUAAUAUUCAUAAAGUCGUUUUCUAAAGUACUUUGCUCCUUGUUCUAGAAAAGUACUUUCUGGUCUAACUGGUACUGACCAGUUAGACCACACUUGUACAUGGCGGGAUUGACCAGAAUCAUUGGCGCCCUCAAGGGCGGCUAGUGGUGGUGGUGAGCUUUCCUUGGCAGCUCUGAAAGUUAAAGGAAUGAGUUACAGUGUUAAGCCCAAAAGAGAUUUUGCAUUUCUGUUGGUGUUCACAUUAGCAGUUUGGAACUGUUCUCCUAGUCACGAGUACCAGACCUGCAUCCGACUUGUAAUAAAUAGCAAGGAAAAAGAAACUAUCCUACAUCUCAAAUACCAGUCAAGUUUUGCAUAAAACAGGUGAACAGAAUCGUGUAGGAUUUCACAUGGGGCCGUCAUUUUUAGCUCACCUUAACGUUCCACCAUACUCAAGUACAUAUUUUAAAUUUCUACUAUAGAAAGAAAAUAGGAAAGGGAAUUCUCAUUUAUGGCUUGCUGAGUACAGGGCACUGUGUCAAGGCCUUUUCAUGUGCUUUCCCAUUUAAUCCUCAUGAUCCGGGCAUUUUGCUUAUUUCACAGAAAAAGGAGUUAGUGUAUAGAAAGGUGAAGUACCUUGUCCAAGGUCAAACAGAUAGCAACUAGCAGAGCAAAGACUUGACAUGGGUCUGUCUUACAUCAACAUUUAUGCUUUUUCUACUAUAUUCUAUUGCCUUUAACCUUCUUAUCUCACUAUUUCCAACCCUACCAUCAUCCUGGGUGAGAUUACACAGCAGUGAAAAAUUGAUGUCCUACCUGGUCAACCUCUGUAUUGGGGAUGGGACUAACAAGCUCAGAAUGACAACAGGUACUACUCAUGUUCCUACUGAAGAACUUCCAGUGCUUGCUCAUAUGGAAACUCAACAGCCUCCAUGGGCAGCUAGAACCCAAAACUUCACCCUUGCAAUCAAACUGGCAGCCAUCCCUUAAUCCUCAAUGUUUCAAAUUCUAGCUGAAUGAGAAUCGUUUCCCAAGGCCCACCUAAUAGAUUUUUCUAUUCAACUCUGUGAGUGGCAGAGCAGCAAGCAGGCUUCUCAGACCUAAAUGCCAUGGUCAGCAGUGACUGGCCUGCACGGGGAAGGAGAGCUAGGGUUGUGGAAGGGAGCCUCCAGCAAGAAGGCUCUGCAUGUGAUCCUCAUUAGUGAUAGACGUGGGCUGGGCCAUCUGUGUUCCACGGGAGAACAGAAUGGCAGGCUGCCUUUCAGAUGCCAAGAGAUGCUAUCUAAUGGCAAGAUCCAGAGAGCUCAAAAAGCAGAGAGGCAUCCUUCCUCCUGAGCAUCUCUGUGGGAAACCAGGGACACAGAAAACCAUGGGGUUUUUGGAAACUAGCUGCUUCACUUGCAGGGCAUUUCACCCUUGCUACCACUUCAUUCUUCACGUUCAUGGUGGAAGCCAACCAGCAGAGCCCUGCAGCCUUACCUGCUAACUAAACUCCCUGAGAUGGAUCCCAAGCUGAACCUAUGUCAUUUUGGAAUCUGUAGACGCAAUGGCAGGUGCAUGAUAGCAAGGCACCAGGGUUUGCGGUUAAGCCUCCGAGUCUCCCAGGGGUCAGGAAACACUACAGGUAGAAGAGACCAUUUAAUUGGAUGCUCAAUGAAGAUUCUAGAGGAAUAAUCAAAAAACUUGGAGUACUCGUCUAAAUGGGUCAAAUUAGAAAAUGCAAUUUGGAAGCAAAGAGGAUAACAUCUAACCCAGUAUCAAGCAUGUAGCAGGUAAUGAGUAAAUACUUGUUGAAUGAAUGAAUAGCUAAAAUGGGUAUCUGUCCUUCUACCCUGGAAUGGGUAGGGGAAAGCGGGUAGAAGGGAUUAAAGCUUUUUAACUAACAACUCAGAAACUUGAAACCACAGGAUGUAGAGGGAGCUCAUGAGGGCCUUUAACUACUCAGACAUCUGUUGAGUGAUGGAUACAGCUAAAUAUGGAUCAUCAAAGGGCUUUCUAGGUCACAUGGAGGGCAGCUUCAUGAUUCAGAAAAUAUGAAAUUCAGCUUGGACAAAAAGACAGAAAUAUUUGCAGUCUACUUCUGAGAGAUCAGGUCAGAACUGACAAAACAAAAAAAGACAGCACAGAAGUGGAAUUACAACACAGUAAGAGAUCAGCAUAAUAAGAUAUAGACUCAUGAGAUGAAAAGAGAUCGAGAACUGGGUUUUCUAGCAGGUUUAUUUGGGCAAGGGAGAUGAGCCUGAACACUCAGUCCAAAAACGGAAGAAAGGACUGAGAAAUCCUUUUUUCUUAAAAACGCUUAAUGUUGAGUUCAUGGUAAAAUGGAAAUGUCCAGGCAUUGAUGAAAUGGUUAUUAAAUAACAGCUAUCGUUUAUUGUCCAGUCCAAAGCCUAUUGCUUUUAUGACCACUUUUAAACUUCACCAGAACCUUAUGAAGUCGGAGUUAUACGGUUCCCCAUUGGACAAGUGAGGAAACGGAGCAAAUCUCAUGGGGCAGAUCUGGGAUUCAGAUCUGUCAGGAUCUGUCUUUCAGAGCCCACGUUCGUGCCAGCAGUACCCUGGCUGAGGCCACUGAGCUUCAAGCACAGUGACAGGGAUUUACUACACCCACCCACCCCCACCCCACCCCUGUGCAUGAUUACUUCCUUCUCAAAACGAAAUCCAAGUCCCUCCCCUCCCCCUUCCACAGAGCUGCAGUGGGAAACGGCAUUAGCUUGGGCGCAGUGGCACAGUGGCCAGAGCAGGUCUGGGUGGCAGCAAGUCCAUAUACGCCUUGCCCACCUCCCUUCUUAGGCCCUCUCUCCCAGGCACAGUGGGGCCACCUCCUAAGACACCGAUCAGAGAAGAGAGCACCAACGUGAACACCUUGGUGUCCAGCCAGAUCAGAGUAUUCACAGAAUAUUAAAGAUCGUAUUAAAGGACACACAGAGACCACAUCAAAGGUCCAGUGAAGUGAGGUCGGGCAGUCAAACAUCAGAAUUUAGUACCUCAUAUCUAAAGGUGGGAUGGAGACUUGAAGUGUCCUUUUAAAAAUGUGUUGAGUGAAUCAUAAUUUGGAGUAAAAAGACUGCUUCUAGAAUAAUGCAAAAAAACUUUUUCCCUUCCAAAAAAAAAUUAUUUUUAAAAUGGAAUCUUCGCAAGAAUUACAAGUGAGGGGCAAUAAAAAUGGUAAUUUCUUUUUAUGUUAGAUAAUACCAAAAAAAAGAAUUUAUAAAUGUCACAAUAUAAGUGGAAAUCCAGAGAAAGAUUCCAUAAAGUCUACUGUGGAGGGACUAAACAACAGUACUUUCAAAGUAAUUAAUGAACUUUAUUUUUCUUGUCCUUUUCUUUAAAAAAAAAACAAAAAACAAAAACAAAAACUGGUACCAAGUGGUUACCAGAAAAUGGCAUGAUCUUCAAGAAAAGAUACAUUUUCCUGGUGGAUAUUUCCUCUCUCCCCAACAUCCUUGAGGUGAAAAGAUUGAGAACUUUUGGUUGGUUGGUUGGCUUUUAACUUAGAGAACCAUCCGUGCAUGGAAGGUGUUAAUGAUAGAGGAUGUCAUUGAAUUGCUGUGUGGGGUUUGCUGUCAUCACACUGUGCUACCACCAGGCAUUAAAGUAAUGAUCAUAAACAUAAAUGAUCAUUAAGGACUCAGCAAUUCCCUCUCCCAUCCACCCCAUCAGCCUCCUGGAGCUCCCACCCCCAGUUACAUAUACUUCCUGGAAUUAGACCAUCUGGGAAUAAUUUCUAUUAUGACAGUUUUCAAACAUACAGAAAAGUAGAGCCAUAAGUAUAAUGAGAACCCAUAGACCCAUCACUUAAAUUCAACAGUUGUUAUCGUUUUGCCAUAUUUGCUUCAUCUUUUUUUUUACUGGAAUACUUUAAAUUAUAGAUGUCAUGACACCUCACACCAAAAUAUUACAUAUACAUCAUUACGGGGGAUCCCAUCUUAAGUGUUAAACGUUGUGUGUGUCAUCCAUGUUGCUGAAGGAAGAUUUCAGGGUGUUGUGCAUCUGAGCUCAGUCAUUUCUCAGCUGACUGAAUGCAGUUGUCACAAGUAGAUGUUAACCAGGACAUUGCUGUGUCACUGAUAGGAGAAAGUUUUAGGUGGAACCCAAGGAAGAUCUUAGCUGUAUUCAAAACAUUCCUGAUUGAUCUGGAAAGAGGAAGGUAAACAGCACGUUAACUACAUUCUCAAAAGACACUAAAUCGGGGAGUGUUUUAAGCACUGAUGAUGCCAGAGAGAAAACGCAAAGCACUUGGAGGAGUUAGAAAUGUACCUGAAGGAUGCGUGUUCUUAUUUUUGAAAUAAAUAUUGUUUAAAACAGUA